AAAUGCAGAGGCAGCAGCCGCGGUAGCGGCGGCAUUGCUCCAGCAGGCACUAGUCACUCCAGUCCCGGCGAGCGAGCGGGGGAGAGCCACAGCACUCAGACCAAGCCGAGCGGGCACAGGGCUACCUGGGACUCUCUUGGUGACACCCCAGCACACAAAUACACAAAAGGCGAGGAAAGAAAAAUAUCAAAAAGAGCUCCAACAUGGGAGGCAAACUGAGCAAGAAGAAGAAGGGGUACAGCGUGAACGAUGAAAAAGCUAAAGACAAAGACAAGAAGGCUGAAGGAGCAGCUGCUGAGGAAGAGGAGACUCCAAAGGAGGCUGAGGCUGUGCAGCCAACCACAGAGACCGCAGAAGUGAAGGAGAACAAGGAGGAGAAGGAUGAAAAAGAUUCUCAGGUCACUGCCAACAAGACAGAAGAAAAAGAAGGGGAGAAGGAGAAAGCAGUGACCCAGGAAGAAGCCCAGAAACCUGAACCAGAGAAGUUGGAGGCCGUCGUUGAUGCGAAAGUGGAGCCACAGAAGAACAACGAGCCGGCACCCAAGCCAGAGGAGCAGCCUUCGGCCGCUGCUCCUGCUGCCGGCAGCGAAGCACCUAAACCUUCUGAGCCUAGCAACGAUGCAAAGGUUUCCCAGCCUUCAGAAGCCACAGCUACUAGUAAAGCAGAUGACAAGAGCAAAGAGGAAGGGGAAGCCAAAAAGACUGAGGCUCCCGCAACGCCCGCAGCCCAAGAAACUAAAAGCGAAGUGGCCCCAGCUUCAGACUCAAAACCUAGCAGCAGCGAGGCUGCCCCUUCUUCCAAGGAGACAGCAGCAGUGUCGGAAGCACCUAGUGCCACUGCUAAGGCCUCAGACCCUGCAGCCCCUCCAGAGGAAGCGAAACCUUCUGAAGCUCUGGCGGCUAAUUCGGAUCAAACCAUAGCGGUGCAAGAUUAAAUCGGACAGCCUGUUGAAACAACCACUUAAAACAACCUGUGUCUUUUUUUUAUUUUUUCAGCUAUACUAACUCGUUUCAGAUCUGAAAUAACAAUAUGUAUUGCCCAGAGGAAAAAAAAAAGGAGAAAAGAAAAAAGAGAUGAAAAGGAUGUCCCAUCAAGUUGGGAGGGAGGGAGGGGGGAGAAUCCAAAUAGUAUUUUUGUGGGGAAAUAUCUAAUAUACUUUCUGCCAACUUGACACAAGUCCUGGAUUAAAAAAAAAAAAAAAAGUAAAUGGAUGUCUGAAAGUACAGCACAUCUUUUGUAUCCGAACUGCUGUAAAUGCACUCCACCAAUGUAUCAAAAUCUUUUUUUCGUUCUGUAAUGGGGUUUGGGAGUGAUGCGUUUGAUUCUGCCCACUGGGUUUGUGCCAAGGCAAUCAGAUCUUUAUGAAAGCAGUAUUUUCUGUGGUUUUUUUAUUUACAGCCUUUCUUAUUUUGAUAUUUUUUUUAAUGCAGUGGAUGAAUGCCAACUUUCAGACAAAACCCACUUAGCUGUCCACAUAUUUCUCAAAACCAAUCCUCCAAUUCUUCCUCUCCAAAUAUUUUUUGGGAGUAAAAAGCAUUCUCAUCCUACUUAGCCUACCUAGAUUUCUCAUGACGAGUUAAUGCAUGUCCGUGGUUGGGUGCACCUGUAGUUCUGUUUAUUGGUCAGUGGAAAUGAAAAAGUCUGCGUUCAUUGCAGUUCCAGUUUCUCUUCCAUUCUGUGUCACAGACACCAACACACACUCAUUGGAAAACAUAAAGAAAAAAAAAAAAACAAAAUGUACAAUGGAUGCAUUGAAAUUAUAUGUAAUUGUAUAAAUGGU